GUUAGUUUACAUUUGUUUUCACCAACCUGUAGCUAUGACUGAUACAGCAGAAGCAAGCGAAUCACCUAAAGUUACCAAGUCUCCUAAGAAGACUGUGAAGACUGCCGCUCGUGCUAAAAAGCCGAAGACUGCUUCUUCACAUCCUAAAGUAUCCGUAAUGGUAGAAGCUGCCAUUAGUAAUUUGAAAGAACGACGUGGUUCAUCCCUUCCUGCUAUCAAGAAGUACAUCGCUGCCAAUUAUAAAGUCGAUAUGACUCGCCUAUCUCCAUUUGUUAAGAAGUAUCUUAAGACAGCAGUUGCAAAUGGUUCUUUAUUGCAGACCAAAGGUAAAGGUGCUUCGGGUUCUUUCAAACUCAAUACAGGAUCCAGCAAAGCCGAUAAACCAGCUAAGGCCAAGGUAGUAAAGAAGGCCGCCCCAGCAGUUAAAGUUCCCAAAAAGAAAGCCACCACAGUCGCUAAAAAACCGAAACCAAAAGCAACUAAAGCCGAAAAGAAAACUAAGCCCGUCAAAUCCGCCACCAAGAAGCCAAAAAGCAAACCUGUUGCUAAGCCCAAACCUAAGAAGGCUGCCAAGACACCGACGAAAAAGGCUGCUGCUAAAAAGGGGAAAAAAUAAAACAAUUUUUUUGCAGAAUUCUAACAAACGGCUCUUUUCAGAGCCAAAAAACAUUGGUAAAGAGUGGACGAUUCGUAUAAUUGCAUCCUUGUGAUAGUUUUUGGUGUUUAUUUGAUAAUGCUUCAGUCCUCCGGACGAAAGCUGCAGUGUUACCAAUUAUUACUUUCCGUCUUUUUACACUUAGCCAAGAUACGAAAAUUUAAGAAGGUUGCUAAAAGAAAUUUCUGCAAAAUAAAAAUCUGACAAUUUGAAGACAGUAUUCAGUUGGCAGUAUAAAGAAGUUAAACAUGAACUCAUGAACUACAAAAAUUAAGACUGAAUCACAUAAAUGGAAAAUAUAACAUAUAAAAUUUAGUAAAAAUUCCAUUUAGCAUCCUGUAAUAUUUACAUUUCUAUCAAAUGUACAUAUUUUCUUUAAAACUAAAGUGUUUUUGUAAUUAAGAAAAUUUUCCUAUUUUGUAUAAUAAUUCAUGAAGAAAAAUCAUCAAGAACGUAUUAUUUUGCAAAGUUGUAUAUGACUUAAUCCUGAAUAUAUAAUUUUAAAUAUUUAUAUGAGCAUAAUUUUUGUUACUCCUGUAAACUAG